AUGUCAAACCAACUCUCAAUUGAUGUCUUCGAAGCUGCAGCCGCAGGCGACCUGGAAGGGAUGAAGUCUCUCGGACGUAUCCAUCUUGAGGCCAAGAACGAUCGCGGCUGGACACCUCUCAUGUUCGCGGCGCGUUAUGGACACGCCGGCGUGGUUGAGUACCUUCUCGCCGAUGCCAAGGUCGAUUCCACUGCUGUCAACAAGGACGGGAAGACCGCUGCAGAACUAGCAGAAUUUUGGGGGGCCACCGACGCCGUAGCCGUGUUCGAUCGAUUGGCGCCCAACAAGAAGACGGUCCAACAUAGUGUCGGAUCGCCGUUUGCAUCCGACCCCAUGUCAGCCGGAGCCGGUAUUGGAGCCGGAGGACAGCAGUCUGGGAUUGCUGAUUGGUGGAAGAAGCGCACUGUGCACGAGACAAAGCCCUUGCACUUUACAGGCGCCACUCAUAACAGAUUGAGCUUCCUGAGGACAGACGAGGAGUAUCUCAAGGAGUCUUUAAAGGCCUCUUCGACAAGAUUUAUUCUCCUCGCAGAUCACGGAGUCAUGUUCAAGUCCACCACCAAGCACUUAGCUUUUGCGAGCUAUGAGGAUAUUAAGCAUCUGGUCGGAUCGGAUCCCUUGAGUAGCUUGCCCGAGGGACUGGCCCUUGUGUUUUUGGGAGCUGACGAGACCGAAUCUGAGCAGCCUCAACAGGAGGGUGAAGUGUUGGUCCGAGGUCGUCGUGGGGCUGGAUACUGGGCCCUAGAUUUGUCUGCUAAGGGGCCACGAUCUACUCAGGAGCUGAGGGAUUCUAUCGAGUCGUUCAUGGGCUCGUAUACGGAGAAGCAUGGCCAUUACAUGGCCGAGAUGCGUCCAGCUGCUUUUGGUCUAUCGUUCCCCGAAAGCGCAUUGCUUGCACAGGCGAGAUCUGUUGUAGACUGGAACAAGAGGAAUCAGUUCUGUGCAGGAUGCGGACGAAAGAAUAUGUCGCUCGAGGGUGGCCACAAGCGAGCUUGUCCCACGACUAUCGCGCAAGACGGACAAGAAGUGCCAUCAGAUUGCUUGGCCCACAAAGGUGUGCAGAACUUUACGUACCCUCGGACAGAUCCCGUUGUAAUUGUGUGCGCCAUUUCGUCCGAUGGCGAGCGCGUCCUGCUCGGUCGCCAGGCAAUUUGGCCAAAGGGCAUGUACUCAUGUCUCGCCGGUUUUGUCGAGCCCGGAGAAUCCCUUGAGGAAGCUGCUAGACGCGAGGUCAAGGAAGAGUCCGGUAUCCGUCUUGGACAUGUCAUGUACCACUCCUCGCAGCCAUGGCCGUUCCCUAACUCUCUUAUGAUAGGCUGCCACGCCGAGGCUUUGAACGAGGACCCCGAUGUGACCAAGGAGGAUAAAGAACUUGAGGACGCAAGGUGGUUCACAAGGCCUCAGAUUCUGGAUGCGCUCAAGGGUUCGAGAGGCGCGCUCUGGGGUAAACCCUCAGGGGAUGAUACCCUUAGGUUGCCGCCUGCCACCGCUAUUGCGCACCAUAUCUUGAGGGCCUGGGCUACUCAAGAAGGUGAGGUCCCACAGCCUAAAAUGUAA